AUGCCAGAAAUUGAAAGUGAUUCCCAAUCAUCCCCCUCAUCGUCUGAUGAAGAGUCUAUGACUGAAGAAGAAAUGGUAGUACUGCUGGAAAAAGUAGAGGAAAAGAAAAAGCUGAUAGCCACUAUUAGGAAUAAGCCAUGGCGAAUGAAGAAAAAGCUUUCUGUACUAAGGGAGGCGCAGAAGUUUGUGGAGAAAUUUGAAGGUGCAUUGGGGAAAGGAAAGGGAAAGAAAUUCUAUGCAUAUAAAGUUAUGAUGUUGAAGAAAUGGAUAAAGUUUAAAAGAGAUUUUGAAAAUUUCAAAACAGCAUGUAUACCAUGGGAAAUGAAGAUUAAAGAAGUGGAAAGUCAUUUUGGUUCAUCAGUUGCCUCCUACUUUAUAUUUCUGAGGUGGAUGUACGGCGUGAAUCUGGUAUUGUUUGGUUUAAUAUUUGGACUUGUGGUCAUACCAGAGAUUUUAAUGGGUCUCCCAUAUGGAAGCUUACCACGGAAAACAGUUCCUAGAAGGGAAGAAAAAACAGCUAUGGAUUUCUCUGUACUUUGGGAUUUUGAGGGAUAUGCCAAAUAUUCGGUUCUGUUUUAUGGCUUCUACAACAACCAACGUACGAUCGGCUGGUUAAAAUUUAGGUUGCCAUUAUCUUAUUUCAUGGUCGGAGUCGGUGUCUUUGGAUACAGCCUAAUGGUUGUUAUUAGAACCAUGGCAAGCAAUGCCAAUGAAAACACAAGUGAUGGAGACGAUGGAAAUUUCAAUUUCAGCUUUAAAAUGUUUACUAGCUGGGAUUAUCUGAUUGGAAACCCAGAGACUGCUGACAACAAGUUUGCAUCAAUAACCACUAGCUUUAAGGAAUCUAUUGUAGAUGAAGAAGAAAGCCAUAAAGAUGAAAACAUCCAUCUUACUAGAUUCCUGCGAGUCUUGGCCAAUGUUAUGAUAAUAUGUUGCUUGUGUGGGAGUGGAUAUCUCAUUUAUUUUGUCGUGAAACGCUCACAGACAUUCUCAAAGAUGCAGAAUGUUGGGUGGUAUGAAAGAAAUGAGGUAGAGAUUGUCAUGUCUUUACUGGGGAUGUUUUGCCCACCAUUAUUUGAAACUAUUGCAAAUCUGGAAGAAUACCAUCCCCGUGUGGCACUGAAGUGGCAGCUGGGAAGGAUCUUUGCGCUAUUCCUUGGAAAUCUUUACACGUUCUUACUUGCUUUGAUGGAUGAUGUUAAUGAAAAACUAGCCCAAGAGGACGUUAUAAGGAAUAUCACAUACUGGACUUUGUACAACUAUUACAACUCUUCAACUUUACCAAAUGGUACUGAAACUACUCCACCUCCUCUACACCCAGCUGAAGUACCACGAGGACCAUGCUGGGAAACAAAUGUUGGAGUUGAGUUUGUAAGGUUAACAGUGUCCGACAUCCUUGUCACAUAUGUCACUAUACUUGUUGGGGAUUUCCUCCGUGCAUGCUUUGUCCGAUUUAUGAACUAUUGCUGGUGCUGGGAUUUGGAAGCUGGAUUUCCUUCAUAUGCAGAAUUUGAUAUCAGUGGGAACGUGUUGGGAUUGGUCUUCAACCAAGGCAUGAUCUGGAUGGGCUCGUUUUAUGCUCCUGGUUUAAUUGGAAUCAAUGUCCUUAGGCUGCUAACCUCCAUGUACUUCCAGUGCUGGGCAGUUAUGAGCAGCAAUGUUCCUCAUGAACGUGUUUUUAAAGCCUCAAAAUCAAAUAAUUUCUACAUGGGGCUGUUGCUGCUUAUUCUUUUCCUAAGUCUUCUGCCAGUGGCCUAUACAAUAAUGUCGCUCCCACCGUCCUUUGAUUGUGGACCAUUCAGUGGGAAGAAAAGAAUGUUUGACGUUAUUCAAGAAACAAUGCAGAAUGACUUCCCACCAUUUGUUGCCAAAAUUCUGAGUUCCAUAGCAAAUCCUGGCCUGAUUAUACCAGCAAUUCUUCUUAUGGUGUUAGCUAUUUAUUACCUAAAUGCAGUUUCCAAAGCUUACCAGCAAGCAAACUUAGAUCUGAAGAAAAAAAUGCAGAUGCAAAGGGAAGAAGACAAAAAUAAGCGGAACAAUAAUACUCAGACUAAUUCUGUAAUGAGAGAUCUAGAAGAGUUGCUCCCGCCAAGUGCAAGAAAUGCUCUCCGACUUCAAGCCAUUGGUGAAGAGAGUCAUCUCAACCCUGCUCAAAGAAACACACAGAGUGGCAGUGGGGCAACACCGACAAAUAACAAGUCAAUGCCAACACCACGUAUAGCUGUUACAAGCCCACCAGUGCCAAGACAAGCAGGAUCCCACAUGGGGGGAUCUUCCUAUCAUCCUGGGCCUAAUCCACAAGGGACACACUCUAGACAUUAA